AUGACUGCGCGAGCGCCCCCUGCCAACCGCAAGCUCAGCAACAUGCUGAUGGCGGACUUCAAGCAGUGUCUGACUCUGUACGAAAAAAAGGAGUACGCCGAAGCCAUCAAACGGGCGGAUCACAUUCUGACUCAGAAGCCGGAUCAUGGCGAGACUCUGGCGGUCAAGGGUCUGUGUCGGUACCAUCAGGACUCGCCCGUGGAGGGCCGAUCGCUGAUCAACGCCGGAAUGAAGAACGACCCCGAGUCCUACAUCAUCUGGCACGUGCUGGCUCUUCUGGAGCGGUCGGAAAAAAACUACCACGCGGCCCUCAAGGCGUACCAAAAGUCGCUGACCAUCGACCCGUCCAACCAGAACGUGCUGCGGGACCUGUCGUUGAUGCAGAUCCAGACCCGUGAGUACGAGCCGCUGGUGAUCACCCGACGGAAACAACUGACCGACAAGCCGGAGAUCCGGGCCAAUUGGACCGGGCUGGCGGUCGCGCUGUUUCUCAAGGGCGACUACGCCACCGCCGCACGAACCCUCGCGGCAUACGAGGAAAGCGCCCCCGAAAAGGAACCCAAGGACAAGACCCAGUCGGACGACAUUGAAAACUGCGAGCUGGCGCUGUUCCGAAACAAGUGCCUGAUCGAGGCCAAGGAAUACGACUUGGCGCUCAAGGAUCUCGAGGAGCUGGAAAAUAAAACCUCCAAGCGCCAUAUCCCCGACCAGCAGUCCAUUCUCGAACAUCGAUGCGACAUUUACAUCCGACAGGGCAAAACCAAGGACGCCCAGAGACUCACCCGAGUGCUGCUGCGACGAAACCCCCAUGACCGGGCUCUCUACCGACAGCUGGAGAAGGUGCUCGGCAUCCAGGACAACAACCAGCUCAAGUCUGUCAUGUACAAGAAGCUGGCUCAAAAAUACCCCCGGUCCGACUGUCCUCGAUCCAUGCCUCUGGAGUUCCUCGAGGGCCAGGCGUUCGACGAGGCUGCCGACGCCUACGUGUCCACCCUCAUCCAUCGACGGGUCCCCUCGGCCUUCAUGAACGUCAAGCACCUGUACAAGAACCCCGCCAAGGCUCUUUCUAUCGGCGCCAUUGCCCAACGGAUCUUUGAUGGCGCCACUGAAGAUCUUUCUGGCGCCUCGGAUUUUCUGUGGUCCGCCUGCUUUCUGGCCCAGCACUUUUCCAAGCUCGGCGACCAGAACAAGGCCCUCAAGUUCAUUGACAAUGCCAUUGAGCACACCCCAACCCUGGUGGAGUUGCAUCUGACCCGAGCCAAAAUUCUCAAGCGAAUGGGCGCGGUCAACAAGGGUGCUGAGGCCGCCAAUGCCGCCCGGGAACUCGAUCUCCAGGACCGUUAUCUCAACACCAAGGCCGCCAAGUACACUUUGCGGGCCAACAACGCGGACGACAUUGAGCAGGCCAUCAAGCUCAUCUCCAUGUUCACGCGAAAUGACACCUCCGGUACCGGCGUUCAGGACCUGCACGAUAUGCAGGGCUACUGGUUCCUGUCCGAGCUGGCCCGACGACAGCGACGAAACGGAGACGGCCCCUUGGCUCUCAAGCGACACAAGGCCGCGCUCAACGUGUUCAGCGAGUUUGAACACGAGCAGCUGGACUUCCAUCUGUACGCGCUUCGAAAGGGAACCAUGAACGCGUACAUUGACAUGCUGCAGUGGGAGGACAAGCUGUACAAGAGUAAGAAGUUUAUCCGGUCCACCCGGGGUAUCAUUGAGACUUACAUUGCGCUGUGGGAUACCAAGCCCGACUGUGGCUGUGGAGCAGUGAUUCCGGGCUCUUUCCCUCUUAAGGCGGUCGACUACAACGCCUCCACCACGGUCAAGAAGAAGAAGAAGAAGAAGACCAACGAGGGUUCUGCCGAGGCCAAACAGAACCCUAACGGUCUGCCUACCCCCGAACAUCGACACGAUGCCGAUCCCGAGGGUCUCAAGCUCGUCAAGAACGUCGAUCUGCUGGAAACUGCCCUUGUUCAUGCGAAAAAGCUCGCCGAGGUCGGCGACAGCCUCGGGCUUGUGUUCCAGGCCGAGAUUUAUCUGCGACAGAACAAGUACAUGCUUGCUCUUCAGUCGCUCAACAAGCUCAAGGCCUCCGACGCCGCAUCUCCCUACGCCUCUGUGCUGGCCAAGGUCGCCGAGGCCCAGCUUAAUGGCGAUGAUAGCACCGCCCAGAACCUCAAGGAUAUGACUCUCAAGAUGCUUCCCAAGCUGUUCAACGAGACAGAGUCCGAUGCCGUGGCCACCGCUCGACUGGCCUUUUCCGUGCCCUCUUACAAGGAGCUAGCUGGAGAAUUGCUCAAGGGUCUGGUCUCGGAGAAUGCCACCGCUGCCGCUCUAGCAGUUUGGGCUGCCAAUUCGCUUGGUCUGGAGCUGGAGGAUCUGGCCAAGGAGCAGUAUCCCGAGCUGGAGGUUCCUCUUCCCAACUAG